AAUUUUUGUGUUAAUAUUUCCUUACAACAGUGGUCAACUGUGUGCACGCGUUUCGAUGGAAAAGGAAGUAAAAUGUGUCUGAGUGUUUUCAUCUGAAGGAAUAUACAAUAUGUAUAUAUAUGAAAUGAAUGAAAUUCAUAUUAUCACAUAUAGUAAAACCUAGAGUAGUCGAUAAAACGAUAGCGGCUUGGAGCAGCAAGUAAUAUACAUCAUUCUUGCGUGACUAAAGCCUUACUCUAAAAAAUUCGAGAAAAUUCAAUGACAAACGAAUAUUAAAUGAAUUUAUUACCAUCAUAUAUCAAUGAUCUUCUUUGCAAAGGGAAAUAUACUAUUAUUAUCCCAUAUCUAGUUAAGCAUAAAUGGGACAUUCGAAAUACGCUCUUAGAACAGCAUUCUUAAGAAACAACAUAAGGAUGAAUCAUUGUCAUCACCUUAAUAAGUUAAUAUUUUGUAUAUUGACUACUCUGAUGGGUAUAGUAUGUCCAGAAAAUUUCAUAUAAGAAUUCCACUUUAUGAGUUUGGAAAAAGCAAGAAAAACAACGGCAUCAGGAUAAAAUGGAUCUGUUUUACCUCAGUAGUAUCUUAUCAAUUGAUAACAACUUAAAUAUGAAAAUAUAGAAAUCUAAUAAAAAUUCAGUAUACUUUGAUUCAUUGGAAUAAAAUGGAAUAUUGGUCAGUGAUUAAGACAGAUAUAAACAAGCAUAAAAUUUGAUCAUAACGGCAAAACUCAAAGAAGGAUGGUUAAUGAUGAAACAUUUGUCACAAUUACAUCCAAAAGCCUAUGGAAGUUUCUCAAAAAAGCGUAACUAUAGGCGUUGCAAUCCAAGUAAAGGGAUUUCGUAUUAUAAGAUGAAUGUGUAAUACAGAGAGGAAAAUUUACAAUUAUUGGUUUACUUUUCUUCUGAAAAUAACCUGAAACUCAUGACUACACUGAAUAAACUGUUUACACUUAUUCUUGUGAGUAAAUUCUUGUUCACUCAGAUUUACACUGAAAGCUUAUAUAGUCAGUUUUCAAAGGUAAUCUCUGUUUUAGAUAAAGAUAUACAGAAGAAUGAGAACACUUUAGAAGGUGAAAUACAGAAAUUACUAUCUACGUAUGUUCGCACUGAACGACCUAGGAAUAAACUAUCACUCAAUGAUUCAGACACUACAACUAAUCCAGUAUCGUAUACAGGACCACUUAUUGUAGAAGUCAAUACGUUUAUUCAUAGUUUCAGUUCAAUAAGCGUAGUGAAUAUGGAUUUCACCGUAGACUUUAUGUUACGUCAACGAUGGUUAGAUACACGAUUGAAAAUUCCUAGUGGAUAUAAUUUCACUUACCUACCGAUAUCAUAUGCAAAACAUUUAAUUUGGAUACCAGAUCUAUUUUUCAGAAAUGCUAAACAUGGAUUUCUACACGAUAUGACUACACCAAAUUACUUAAUUUGGCUUGAUUCAAAUGGUUUACUAACAUUCAGUCAAAAAAUUUCCAUGAAGUUAUCUUGUCAUAUGAUUUUGCAUACAUUUCCAUUUGAUACACAACAGUGUACUAUGAAUAUUGGAAGUUAUGGUUAUUCAAAAGAUGACUUAGAAUUUCGUUGGUGGAAUAUAGGAGGAUAUGAUCAAUUCGGUUUAUUGCCUACAACUAAUCAAUCAACAUCUAUGGCUGUACAAAUUCGUUCUGGAUUAGAAAUAAAUGAAUUCGAUUUAUUAUCAUAUGAAGCAAAUUAUUGCAAUGUGGAGUAUUCAACUACUGGACAAUUUUCUUGUUUAGAGGCUGUAUUCUACUUGAAACGACGUUUUGGUUUCUAUCUUAUUUAUGCUUAUUUACCAUCACUUUUGUUAGUUGUUAUUGCAUGGUUAUCAUUUUUUGUUGACUAUGAAGCUGUACCAGCACGUAUAUCUAUUGGAUUAUUGUGUGUUCUAGCUUUAAUUACACAAAGUGCAGCUAUACUAACACAAGUACCACGUGUUUCUUACACUAAAGGUAUUGAUAUUUGGUUAUUUGUAUGUCUAGCAUUUGUUGUCAGCUCAUUACUUGAAUUUGCUAUAGCUAACUCUUUGGCUAGAAGGAGAAUAAAAUCCGUCAAUUUCAAUGUAUUAAAUACCAUCGGUAAAGGAUACCUGAUUUUAACUACAUCUACUGCAUUGUUGGAAUUUUUAGAAAAACAGAAAAAUAAAGCAUAUAAUUUAUCCUCAAGUGAUAAUCAAACCGUUUUAGAUAUGACCGAUAAAGAGAAUGAGUGUCUACAAGUAUUAACGAAUCCCUCUGAAGUAAAUGUUUCAGAAAACGUAGUCUUCAUCAAUCUGAUUCAGUAUCCUCAUUAAGUCGAUGCAAAAAACAGACUAACUUAAAUAUUAGUCAGAAAAUUUCAAACGAAAUGUCAGUUAGCGAUAAAUCAUUCUUGUUGGAUCGUAUAUGCGCAAUUAUAUACCCUAUUGUCUUUGGAAUAUUUAAUGGGAUCUAUUGGGUAUACUUUCUGAAGUAUCAGUGAAUUCAGUACAUGAAACUUCUACAGAUCUUUUCGUUAGUGAAAAACUGAAUCAAAGCAUCCAGCUAUUGACUAUUGGAUAACUAAUGAUGUUAUGCUAACAAAAAUUAUGUAUAAAUAUCUUAUUAAAUUCAGAUGACAUUGUUAUUAACAAAUAGUCAUUGUUCACUUGCAAAGUUACUUUAACGUUACACCAUAUUUUUUAUCCUAAAAACUGAGAUUAUGACUAAAAGUUGUAGUACAAAUCUACGUUUUUAUUUUCAUUCAGCCUAUAAAAAACAUGACCAUUAUUCAUGAAAGAAACCAAUUUACAUUUUUAUUCAUGAUUUUCAGAGAUUAUAAAUUUUUUAAGUAACAUUUUUAGUGAUUUCAGCCAUUAACUUGUUGACAAAGUUUUAUUACAGGCUCUGGACACACUACUAUUUGUAAACAAAUAUCUAAUGGACAUUAGAAAAAUAAAAGUCUCAUCUCAUAUUGUUCAGUUGAAUUGUGUUUCAAGUGACUUGACUGAUUUCAUUGUGACUAUCUUGUAAUUCUUUCUUUAUAAUCUUUAUAUAUGUUAUUAUUAUUA